GAUUCAGAAACCAGGAAAUUGAAAGAGCCUGACUGAGAGGAGAGGGAGUGCAAAGCAAUAGACACAUCUAAUAUUUAUCUCAAACCUGCUACGCCUGGGACGCAGGAGCUGUCAUCUGCCGGAGCUGAUUAUGCAUGCAGCCGAGCAGAGCCUGAUUGGGUGUAGUAGGACCUAAGGAGAGGGAGAGAGGGAGCAGGGAGAGAGUUCCGCUCGCAGCACCGAAAUGUAAACAGUGUGAAGCGAGAGGGAGUGUAAAGCCUUUAUGCUCUGAAGAGCCAGCAGCCGGCCGCGGGCUCCCAUGGCUCCGGCAGCGUACCUCUUGCAGGUCUAGCCGUGCCCGGCUUGAUGAACAGAAGCAGACAUUUGGAGGAUCUCCUGCCUGUGGAUACAAAUAGGGGGCAAUCGGGAUGCGCUAGCUUUCUCCGGCGGCGCCGCAGCUCUGUCGUGCUCCGUGCCGCAGCUGGGACAGGGCAAUGGACAUGAACAUGAAGAAGUUCACAGUGCGUCGGUUCUUCUCGGUCUAUCUCCGCAAGAAGUCUCGGUCAAAGAGCUCCAGCCUAAGUAGAUUUGAGGAAGAAGGUAUUGUGAAGGAAAUAGACAUCAGUCAUCAUGUGAAGGAAGGUUUCGAAAAAGCAGAUCCUUCUCAGUUUGAGCUGCUGAAAGUAUUAGGACAAGGUUCAUAUGGAAAGGUAUUUCUGGUGAGGAAGAUCAAAGGAUCUGAUGCAGGUCAGCUUUAUGCCAUGAAGGUACUUAAGAAGGCAACUCUGAAAGUUCGGGAUCGGGUACGAUCAAAAAUGGAGAGAGAUAUUUUGGCAGAAGUGAAUCAUCCUUUCAUAGUCAAGCUUCAUUAUGCAUUUCAAACAGAGGGAAAGUUGUAUCUAAUACUAGAUUUCCUGCGGGGAGGGGACCUUUUCACAAGACUCUCCAAAGAGGUGAUGUUUACAGAAGAGGAUGUCAAGUUCUACUUAGCUGAGCUAGCCUUGGCAUUAGACCACCUCCAUGGUCUUGGAAUUAUUUACAGGGAUCUAAAACCAGAAAACAUUCUUCUUGAUGAGGAGGGCCACAUUAAGGUAACAGAUUUUGGUCUGAGUAAAGAAGCCAUCGACCAUGACAAGAGAGCAUAUUCAUUUUGUGGGACAAUAGAGUAUAUGGCCCCAGAGGUGGUCAACCGACGAGGACACACGCAGAGUGCCGACUGGUGGUCUUUUGGUGUACUCAUGUUUGAGAUGCUGACAGGAUCAUUACCCUUCCAGGGAAAAGACAGAAAGGAGACAAUGGCACUCAUUCUCAAAGCCAAGCUGGGAAUGCCACAGUUCUUGAGCAUAGAAGCCCAGAGCCUGCUGCGAGCCCUCUUCAAAAGGAACCCCUCCAACAGAUUAGGUGCUGGAUUCGAUGGAGUGGAAGAAAUUAAACGUCAUCCUUUCUUUGUUACUAUAGACUGGAAUAAACUCUACAGGAAAGAAAUCAAGCCGCCUUUCAAGCCCGCAGUGGGACGGCCAGAAGAUACCUUUCAUUUUGAUCCAGAGUUCACAUCUCGGACCCCUACAGAUUCCCCAGGUGUUCCUCCAAGUGCCAAUGCUCAUAAUCUUUUCAGAGGGUUCAGCUUCGUUGCCUCUAACUUGGUGCAGGAGCCUGCACAACAAGAUGUGCACAAAAUCACCGUUCACCCAAUUGUGCAGCAGUUACAUGGGAACAACAUCCACUUUACAGAUGGAUACGAGGUCAAGGAGGACAUAGGAAUUGGCUCCUAUUCAGUGUGCAAGAGAUGUGUUCAUAAAGCUACAGAAACAGAGUUUGCAGUGAAGAUAAUUGAUAAGAGCAAGAGAGAUCCCUCUGAAGAAAUUGAGAUCCUCUUGCGAUAUGGACAGCAUCCAAACAUCAUUACCCUUAAAGAUGUCUAUGAUGAUGGGAAAUACGUGUACCUUGUGAUGGAGCUGAUGCGGGGAGGUGAGCUCCUGGACCGCAUUCUUCGGCAGAAGUGUUUCUCAGAGCGGGAGGCCAGUGCGGUGCUGUGCACCAUCACCAGGACUGUGGACUACCUGCACUCUCAGGGUGUGGUGCACCGAGAUCUCAAGCCAAGUAAUAUCCUCUACAUGGAUGAGUCAGGAAACCCAGACUCCAUCAGGAUCUGUGACUUUGGGUUUGCCAAGCAACUGAGAGCAGAGAACGGGCUGCUCAUGACUCCCUGCUACACGGCCAACUUUGUCGCCCCUGAGGUCCUUAAACGCCAAGGUUAUGAUGCAGCCUGUGACAUCUGGAGCUUGGGGAUCCUACUGUAUACCAUGUUGGCAGGGUUCACUCCUUUUGCAAAUGGACCAGAUGACACCCCAGAGGAGAUUCUAGCCAGGAUUGGCAGUGGCAAAUAUGCACUUACAGGAGGAAACUGGGAUUCAGUAUCUGAUACUGCAAAGGACAUUGUGUCUAAGAUGCUUCAUGUAGACCCUCAUCAGCGCCUCACAGCAGUCCAAGUCCUAAGACAUCCAUGGAUAGUGAACAGAGAGUAUCUGUCUCAAAACCAACUCAGCAGACAGGAUGUUCACCUGGUGAAGGGUGCAAUGGCAGCCACCUACUUCGCUUUAAACCGAGCACCUCAGGCACCAAGGCUGGAGCCUGUAUUGUCCUCCAAUCUGGCUCAGCGGCGGGGCAUGAAAAGACUUACCUCUACCAGGUUGUAGCAGUACCCCCAAAAGGCCUCUUUGAAAACCUACAGUUUAUUAUUUGAGAAAUUCAUCUUUACUUGGCUAGCAGAACUUCUUCAGACAACCCGCACACGACAUCGCCAGGACUAGCAGAAGCCCAGCGUAAGGCAAAGUUCUCUUUUGCUCCGUCAUUUCUGUUACAUUCCAGCCAGGGUCCCAGGUUUAACAACUUCACAAAGAUGUGCCAAUUUUGCCAGUAGCUCUGUUUCCUUACUGAGAUAAAGCCAAAUCAAGUAGGUGUGCUUCAUCCUUCCCACCCUAGGAAAUACUGUUUUUGAGUCCUUAAGAUAUUCCAUGGGAACACUGUUUUCAUUUUGUUUCUCAAGAAAAGCACUUUUUGCUAUGAAGAUAGCAAUCAGGUUUGAACGUUUUCAGCUGUUCCAGCAUGCAUCAGGAUGAAGUGACCUGGCUGGUCACCAGUAGACAUCUACUGAUCUCCACUCACCCCAGGAAGAGUGAAGGCUGCAGAGACACAUGAACAAUACCUAACUUGAAACAAGUGCUAUACAACAUGAAGAGGAGAGCGAGCUGUUGGUGGUGGAAAUAUCUUCUGAUUUCAAGAAAUCUUUUGCACUUUGCCCCUGCCCUCUGUGGAACGAAGCCAGCACCGCUCAAGGAGAGCUUGCCACCAGCCCUGACUGACUCAGAGGGUUCUGAAAGCAGAAAACCUCUGAGAAACUCACUCCUCUGAGGAAAUUAUUGGGUCUUACAAGACUGUGGGAAAGCAUUCACGUAAAACAGUGUGAGCAGGAGUCUGUGGAUCAGGGGAGGAAAAGGUGUCUGAUCUUGGCCAGCAAGCAGGAGGUCUGGGAGGACCAGGUGAGGGGGCUGGGGAACCGAGCAGAGUCAGGGGAAAGGGACACGUGACUUUGAGGGCAGUAGGCAGAAAGACCCAUGGCAGCAUGGUGGGUGGUACUGCCAAAGCAAACUAGCGUGCACAUGCUUUGGGGACAAACUGGGACUCCUUUUAAAAGCAAGGAACAGUCCCCUCCUCAGCAGCUGGUACAGAAGAAGGCAGCUGGGCUGCCGAGGGGCUGGCUGGGUCGGUGCAGCCAUCCUCCCACACCAUCACUGAGUCUGCUCACGAGACCGGCUCUGGCAGGCCAGAGUGCCACCCUGAAGCAAGUGAGGCCACUUCCAGUCAUUGCUCCUUGCCCUUCCCUGGCCGCUCACCCGAAUCUGCCUCCACCACCCAGUGUUUCGUGCCCCUGCCUGGCUGUUCUGCUCUAGCAGAGCUAAACUCCCUGUGCCGCCUGUGUACAGGGAGUGCCCACUUCUGAAGAGUCCAGCUAACUCUGUUACAAGCUUUAAUAAUAAUAAAUUAUGAGAAGAAUGCUCUGCUUUUAUAUUUAUAUAAAUAUGUACAUGUGUAUUUAUAUACAUAUAAAACAAAAGUUCUGUACCCUACUACCCAGAUUUUUCAGGUUCAGGGAAAGAAAACUUCGUUGAAAUGAUCUCAGCAAAAUGGACCUUUUUUCUCAUUCCCUGACUUCAAAGCAAGCGAGCAAGGUUUGUGGUGCCGGAUGUGAACUAUUUUUUUAUUCUUUUUCUUCCCCAUUUGGCUUAUAGUGGUCACAAGCUGACCAGGAUUCUUCUUUGUACUGCUUUUGUUAAUUUUUUUUUUCCAAGUAAAUUUUUUCACCUCAGAUGCUUUGUGGGAAAAGCUAAUGUUCUGUGUUGGCUUUUUUCUGUUGUGACAGGAAAAAAAGAAAAAUGUGAACAUGGAGCUUCAUAUGCUAGAGAUGGUAAUUUUUCCUUGCUGGGUAGUAUGUGCAUCUCGGUGCUGAACUGGAAUUACACCUCUGAGUGUCCAAGGGAACAAGGAGUUGCAUUUGCUAUAGCAAUAUGCUUCCUAAAACUAGCUCUGUUCCGAUGUUGACUGAAAUUUGUUUGUUUGCAUUAGCCUAUUUUUAGAUUUAAAUUUAUUCUUAAUAAUUUAAACCUAUAUUUAAUGUUCAGGUUUAUGUGCUGUGCACAGAGGACUGCUGCAAAGCAGCUCUCCACGAAGCCCUUCUCUUUUCUAGAAUAAACAACGCUGUGAAACUUCACACAGUGGCUGAAUUGGCUUGGACUGAUGUGUGCAAACAUGUGCAGGUGUGUGUCCAUGGUUAUGUACACAGCACCCAUCGUUCUCUCCCCCCGGCUAAGCUGUGCUCAGGAUCAGCUUUUUGCUGCCUUUAUACUUUUCCUCUUGUUAGAAGUUAAGUCUCAUAUAUUUCUGCUGGCAGCACACUGCCAGGCGAGUCUGCAGGCAGGUGAUACCCUGGCUGAUGCAGAAACGCUCUUGCCAGGCCUGUUUCCCUGGAAGUGACUUCUGUCCUGGAAGAAGCAAGAUGAGCAUAAGGAUGCUAAGUGCAACCAGGAGGGAGGGCUGGAUUUUCUGGGGUCCCAGAUGAUUUGUGCUGUUUCAACAAAAUAAAUUUUCAAUGGUCUGUGUAAUUGUAUUGUAGAUGGGCAGAAAGAGUGUUGUAAAUAUUAUGUACAGGUUUUGCCUCCCCCUCAGACUUCCUGGUCAUCUUUCAUUGCUUCAGUUUGAUUUCUCUUCACAGUCCAAUUCCCUCUUGAUAUACUUGGUCUUAGUUCUUUGAGCAUUUUUUAAUGAUCUGAAUAUUAUUGUAGGCCAAACUUACAGGAUGUUGCUCUUCCCAAAGUUUAAUAGUUUGAAUCUCUUCUCAGUUUAGCUCUUUCUAACCCACCAGUUAUCACCUAUUAACCAUACCAGGUUUGGGCCACAUACAGAAUGAUAUAUGUUGAUGUCCAUUAAUUACUUUAUAAGCCUAUAAAUCACAUAUAAUGGGGUUGCUUAUUAAGAUUUUGUUGCCAGUGCAUCCAGAUUUAUGCACAUGUGUAUGUAUAUGUAAAUGCAUACACACAAAAAAUGCUGUCCCAGCUUGUUCAAAUGACAAUAGAAGUGUAGUCAGCGCUUGAGGUGAUGCUCAGCAGAGUUUUGUCUGUGGUGUUCUUGAAAAUCUGACAUUGAAAAUGGUAGUGGUUACUCUGGGUAUGGAUAGAGUACCAUCCUUCUCUGGGUAUGGAAUGGAUACCAUUCAUAUUCUGGGUAUGCAUAAAGUACCGCUUCCAUGGACGUGCCCAUCCAUGGAAGAAGCUGUCCCAUCCAGCCUCCCUUCUGUCCCAGCUGUGCAUCCCCGCACACUCCCAAGGCAGAUCAGCCCCCGCUCCCCAGGCUUGUGCACGGGAGGUGCACUUCUGAGGGUUUUCUGACCUGUUUCAGUCAAGAUGAACCCAAUUAAACCAUUUCCGCUGUCAGUCUUGCUGAUCCAGUUCACUUGGACUGAAAUACAAGAGCCUGCAUCAGCAAAUCAAGGGAUAGUCGCUCCUGGCAGAGAGGGAGGAAUAAGCCACGAGCACUCAUUAUUUCAGACCGGUAGCACCCGCCACUUGCCCUGGCCCAGCUGGAUGCAGGCGAAGAUGCAUGGCCAUGGCCUGAUUACUGCUACAGCUGCUUUUAAACCAGCAUUUCCUUCCCAGACUCCUUGCUGCAGUAUAGCUCAGCAAUAAGCAUUUAUUCUUUCUAGGAGAAAACGUAACUGAAAAAAGCUUAGGCUCGCUCUCUCCUCUCUUUUUAAUCUUAAGGGACUUUUAUUAAAUGUUAUGUUUAACUCCUAAAAGUCUGAAAAUCACUUUGAAUUAGAUACCAUCUUGCACAUUAUCAGUCCAGACAUGACCUAGUGCCUUCGGCUAUUGCAAAUAGUAUAGUUACAUUUCUGAACCGUCAAUGUGUGCAAAGCAAUGACCGUCCAAGGCAUACUGGAGUGUAUCUGUCACAGAACAUAGUCAGCUCAUCUGGAGAGCCACUUCAAAAGCUGUCAUUCAGCUCAGUAGAGGGUAGUCUGCCCAGCAGGGAGGAGGCAUCUCCCCAGACUUUGCAGAGCUGGACCCCGUCUCUGCAGCUCCAGGACUCUGAAGAAGCCAAAUGUUCCUGAUGAAGAAGAUCAUGGGAAGAGCUACCCCAGUUCCUAUGCAGCACCACAGCUUGUGUAUAUGGCAAAGGUGUGGGAGAUGCUGCUCAGAGGGACAGCUGACCCCUGCCCCCCAUCCCUCAUGAAUCUUUUACUUGUUCAAUUUUUUCUAAGCAAGUUUUAAGAGCAGAUAGCAUUUAUAAAGCCUGACUUUUUCAGCAAACCACAAGUGACCCUCACAGACACUUUGUAAUCAGUCCCCACAUCUGGAAAAAAAAAUCCAUUGAUAAUAAAUUCUGGUUUGUUUCUCCCAAAAAUGAUCUUCAGCAGCUCCCUGAGAUGGCCCUGGGUACUGGGGAUAACCCAGACACAGAGAGCCGGGAGAAGCUUGUCUUACGUGAUACAAUGUCAUGACAUGAUGUUGCAUGUCACACUCUUAUGAAGUACAGAUUGUGUGUCCCUGUGUUUCAUCUAACCCUGGAUGUGUUCCUGGGCCUCUUUUCAACCAGAUUUAGGGUUGACUAGGUUUUGGACUGAGUUUGAAAGGGACAGUAAAUCUGUUGGCUUACAGGGUAGAUCAGACUCUAUUAGAAAUCAGUAUGCAGAUCUCUAAGGGGCAGGCUGGCUUUGUCUGUGUAGUGCAGUGAUCUCUCUACAACUUGUACCCAGCUCUGGUACAUACAAAUACAUACAGACCUUGGUCGAGCAUGGCAGUUGCUGUGUAUUCUAUGGUAUGAAUUAUGCCAGGGCUUACAUCAUUCCCUAAACCAUGAGUGCCACAAGGGUUUUAUUAUGCUGCCGGUCCACAGAGCUCAUGCCAGCAUAUGCAAGUGCUGAUGCCAAAAAAAGGCAGGCAGGCACUCUCUCUUGACCUCAGCUACUCAUCCGUCCUUUUGCACCUCCCUUAUCCCGGUCACCAUGGGGCAAAGCAAAUGUUUGUGCAUCAGAACAAGUGGCUGAGUACAGCAGGAAGGCAACAGCAUCUGUUUUGGCAGCCGUGCUGUCAACACAUCGGUGUGGCCACAACUUCAGUGUUACCUCUGCCCCUCUGUUUCUGAGUUAUGCUGAGCUGAGCCCAAGCGUGGCUCAGAGUCAGGGCGAUACUUGUACAGCAGCGUGUUACCAGUGCCAACCUGUGGGCACGGAGUGGGGGAACAAGCCCAGGCUUGAAAAGUCACAAGUUCAUAGAAGCUCCCUGUAACCAGACGGUGUAGGGCUGCAGAUGACAUGCCAUGGGUAAAUAAUGUUGACUGUGUGUAUUUUUACCACCACUGACUUUAUAAAGAGGACAGAAAAAAUCCUGGAGUUUGUUUUUAAAUCACCAAUUUUUACAGAGGAAAUACCUGAUUUUGUGGAGUGCUACAGCUUUCUAGACCCCUAGCAGGAGUGAGGCAGACAAACAUGGAAGAUAAAGCAGAUUACAACAGCAGAAAACAAGAUAUCUUAGCUUUCACUGGAAAACUAUUUUCAUUCAGGUGUUCUGAAGCUGUCUUAAGACAUGUGUAGCAAAAAUGCCAAAGCAAAUAUUUAGAAGCAAAGAUACCUUGUUGAACAUCUGCAGACAGCACCUUUAAACAAAAGCCAUGUGAGCUCCGGGGUCACGUAUCUGAAUCCUAAAAGACAGGCAAGCAGCACAACCGGGACAACCACCCCAGAUAUUCCUUACAUUAAAAUAAAACGGCCUAAAAUAAUGUUAAUAAGAUACUUUAAUGUAGUUCAUCAAAAAUAGGAAAACGUGCAAGCCCAUUUUCUUUCCCUCUUUCAAAGUAUACAGCAUAUCAUUUAGAAGUGUGUAUCCUCACCUCAUAGCUAACCCUGCUCCUGAACCCCUGUAUUGCCCUGGGACAUGGUGGCUAAGCUGCUUCUGGUACCUCCGUUCCUGUUUGAACAUAGUCCCAUAAUCCCCCUCCAUGUCACAGAAUCAUGGAAUCAUUUAGGUUGGAAAAGACCUUUAAAAUAAUCCAGUCCAGCUGUUAGCCUAACACUGCAAGCCCACCACUAAACCAUGUCCCUAAGUGCCACAUCUACACGUCUUUUAAACACCUCCAGGGAUGGUGACUCAACUGCUUCCCUGGGCAGCCUGUUCCAAUGCUUGACAGCCCUUUCGGUCCAGAACUUUUUCCUAAUGUCCAAUCUAAACCUCCUCUGGCAUAACUUGAGGCCGUUUAUGCUCAUAACACAAGCAACAAUUGCACUUCCUCUUGUAUUCUGAAAGUUAGCAAAAAUUUGAGUGUUUAAACUCAGAAGAUAAAGUGAAGUUAAAAGUAAGGUUCUGACUGUGUCCAGAACUAAAAUUCUCAGUAUUUAGGUGAAGGGUGAGUAGAAGCCUGUCCAGAAUGAGAAUGUUACAAAGCAAAUAAAGUCACAGUAGUUCUUAGAGCCAAAUUUUAGGUAAAAUUAUUCGUAAGUUUUGUGAGCUUAAACCUUGCAUUUCCAUGUGCAACCAGGUGACAACACAGGCACAUCAGCCAGCUAAUCAGGCAUCUGAUCAUGCGUGUCCGUGCAGGCUUGCACAUGGAAAUCUUUUGCAGCCCAGUGUUGAAAGUCUGGAAUUAAGAAUUUGGCCCUCUGCAUCAGCCGGUGUUGUGUAAACCAUAAUGUUCAGUGUUGAACUGUACAACCACUGCUUCUUGCUUUGCCUUACAUAGUUACACAGUCAAUUUGUGCUCCAUUAUUUCUCCUAAAUUUCUUUUACAGUCGCAGUUUUCAGACUAGCUUGAAAGGCAAAUGAGGAAAAUGCAUGUCCUCUUUGAUAAAGGCGGAUUUUGAAAGGAGAGGCUGGAAUUAAGCAUUUGAAGUGCAGAAAGUGAAAACCAGUUGCUAGAAGAUUGGUUCUGAUUUGCUACUCAGAGCCAAAUCCUGCUUCCUUCACUCUUGCUGUAUUAGUUCCUUCAUUCACGUGCACCUUCAGUGAAACAAGGGGACAGCUCAGAGCAGCGUCCCCCUUCCUGUCCCAGUGGUGGAGUGUGGCCUUUAGGUGACGACACGGUGCAAGGGGUUUACUUGGGUAGUAUUAAAUGAAUUUGACCUUGAAAUGAACCAUGAUCUAGCACUUUGUUUACAGGCUCCAUAUUCAUGUUUACAAACCAUGAUUUCUGAGGCUCACGCUUUUUACGUUUCCUGUAUGAAAAGGGCAGCCGGUGUACAGAUAUUUAUUAUGUUUACCAGCGUUUCUGAAUAGAUUUUUUUUAUAGUACAUGGUUUUAUGAAGUGUAAUAUUUUUAUAGCAGAAUGAUGAUCUUUGGACUUUCUAUAUUGUUACCUACUGUUUGCAAAUGAGCUCUUUGCUCCCUUUCUUCUGUGCACUGUACCCAGUGUUGCUGCUGCUACUGUUGCUGGCCUCAGCUGCUGCUGCCCCAUGUGACGUGGGCUGACGGUAUUGUGAAACUGUGCAAACUGACUUCAAAGAGCUGCAAUUGUGCUGAAGGGCUGGCUGCGUGCUGGGUCCCUCCUGGCAGGAGGGAUGGGGAGCUGUACUGUGCCAGGGCAAGAGUUUACUGUGGAUGGCCCCCAAGGAGAAGCCUCAGUGCUCACCCUUGUCUGUACUCCGCUGUGGCUUGCUUGGCAUGCCCAUCCUUUCCUUUCUUUAUAAAGAAAUAAAAAAGAAAAUAAAGGA